UUCCCCUCUAAUGAAUAUCCCACGCGAUUCCAGUUAUAUGGCUCUCGGUCUUAUCGAGAGACUGUCUAGCUGCUGAAUCUUUCCCUACAAGCCCUAACUCGUCCGAUUCGACUCAGAAGCUUCGGCUCUGGCCAUGCGACUUUGGUUCUCUGCGAUCUCCCUCUCGAGAGAGGAAUCUUUGAAUAUCGCUCAGGUUUCUCUCUUUUCUCGCGAGAAUUUCAGCUAUGCCUGCAGAAUCUCAUGCUCCUAGCCCCAGGGGCCUCCUCUGUAAUGCUGGCGCAGGCGCUGCGGCCGGAGUCAUUGCGGCUACGUUUGUGUGCCCUUUAGAUGUUAUUAAGACGAGGUUUCAGGUUCAUGGGCUGCCUCAGCUGGGUAAUGGAAACAUUAAAGGUAGUCUCAUUGUUGGGAGUUUGGAACAAAUAUUUCAGAAGGAGGGAUUGCGAGGCAUGUAUCGUGGGCUUUCUCCCACAGUCCUAGCAUUGCUUCCAAACUGGGCAGUGUAUUUUACAAUCUAUGAGCAGCUCAAGAGCUUUCUUUGUUCCAAUGAUGAGAAUCAUCAACUUUCAAUUGGUGCCAACAUGAUAGCUGCCUGUGGUGCUGGGGCUGCAACAACCAUUGCUACAAAUCCCCUUUGGGUUGUGAAGACCAGACUUCAAACUCAAGGAAUGAGAGCAGGUGUUGUACCAUAUAGCAGUACUCUUUCAGCUUUGAGGAGAAUUGCUUAUGAGGAGGGUAUUCGUGGAUUAUACAGUGGGCUUGUGCCGGCAUUGGCUGGUAUCAGUCAUGUAGCCAUCCAAUUCCCAACAUAUGAAAAAAUCAAAAUGUAUUUGGCAAGUCGAGAAAACACUACAAUGGAUAAACUCGGUGCUCCUGAUGUUGCUGUUGCCUCAUCUGUCUCCAAAAUAUUUGCAUCUACACUGACAUAUCCACAUGAGGUGGUACGAUCAAGGCUUCAAGAACAAGGGCAUCACUCAGAAAAGCGUUACUCUGGUGUAGUUGACUGCAUUAAAAAGGUAUUGCAGCAAGAAGGCCUUGCUGGUUUUUACCGUGGGUGUGCCACCAACCUCUUGAGGACUACCCCAGCUGCUGUAAUCACAUUCACCAGUUUUGAAAUGAUUCACCGGUUUCUUGUCAAUCUACUCCCUCCUGAUCCGCAUCCUCACACAUUGUGAAUAUGGUCCAAACUGGAAAAGAGCAUCUGGUGUUGAUGAAGCAACAUGCACUAGAAUGCAUUCCUCAGCAGAUGUCAGGUCAGCACAUUUUUUUAGGUGACAAUUCAGUUUCUAGUUUCGUAAUGUAUUUUUAUUAUUUAUGAUAGACUUAGUAACAUUUAAUGCAAUUUCGGCCCUCAUUUAAUUGUGUAAAACAUCAAGUGCACUGGAAAAAUGAGGAGUAUUUUAUACUGAAAAAUGAAUAAUAAUGAUGAUAAAGUGGACACUUAAAAAAUAUCAC